GACGACAAGCGAAGCGAGACCGCCAGCAACAAACCCGCUCUCUCACCCUCCUUCACAUACCACCAGCAACCAUGUCGUCGACUCAGAGCGUGCAAUGCUUCGGCAAGAAGAAGACGGCCACCGCCGUCGCCCACUGCAAGGCUGGCCGUGGUCUCGUCAAGGUCAACGGCCGUCCCCUGUCUCUGGUCCAGCCUGAGAUCCUCCGCUUCAAGGUCUACGAGCCCCUCCUGGUUGUCGGCCUCGACAAGUUCGCCAACGUCGACAUCCGCGUCCGCGUCACUGGUGGUGGUCACACCUCCCAGAUCUACGCCAUCCGUCAGGCCAUUGCCAAGUCCCUCAUCGCCUACUACCAGAAGUUCGUCGACGAGCACUCCAAGAACCUGCUGAAGCAGGCCCUCGUCCAGUUCGACCGCACCCUGCUGGUCGCUGACAACCGCCGCUGCGAGCCCAAGAAGUUCGGUGGUCCCGGCGCUCGUGCCAGGUACCAGAAGUCUUACCGAUAAAGGGUUUGCGACAAAGACUUUUUUGGUUUUUGGGGGAGGACAAGAAGGCGUUUACUUUUUACUUGGUGGCGCUGGCGGAGGAGAGAGCAAGGGACGAGAAUCUGCAGAGGAAGAAGAAACUGGUCGAAAACAAAGCGUCUUGCGGCUGCUGGAGAGGAUGG